AUGUAUUUUUCUAUAUACUAAUAAAAUAAUAUAUUCAUAUAAUUUUUUAAAGAAAUUUCUAUUCAAUAUAAAAUGGAGUAAGAAGCUUUAUUUGAGUUUGAACAAGACAUUCCAGUAUAGAUGUUACUUCAACACGGUUAAAUACAUGUUAGAAUUUAAAAACUUUCUAGCCAUGAAAUUGACUCCUUAACUUUAGAGAAAAUUAAGUAAAUAAAAGGAAAAAAAAUCAAAUAAAUUGAUUUUAAAUGCGAUGAACUUCCAAAAGAAUAUGAAUUUAAAUUGAUAGAGUAGAUGAUGAGACUCAUUUAAGCUUAAAAUGAAAUACAACACUUUGAAAUUUAAUAUUGUGAGUGGAACAAUGAGCUAUAAUCAUUUAUCUUAAAUACAAGUGAUUGCAAAGCUUCUUUAUAGAUAAAGUUCUAAGACGAUGAGUGGUUUUAGUAAAUUAGUGCCUUAAAUCUUUAUAAAUAAUGGUCUGAUAUUACAUUUUUAUCAAACUCUCUAACAAUAUAUAUCAAUCAAGUUGGCAUAUAUUUGUAAUUAACUAAGAGAUCAUUUAUUAACUCUGUACUGACACAAUAAAAACUAAAGGAAAUAGCUUCUAAUAGACAAUAAAAGGAGGUCAAUUUUACUUUUUAAUAAGAUUUAGAAGACCAAGAAAUAUUAAAUCUUAUUGACACAAUAAUUUGUUUUAAGCUUUAAAGAGUAAUUUUCUACAAGCUGCUUACUCUUGAAAAAUAAAACUAAACAUAUAACAUUGGAUACCAUUUAGUUCUAAAAGAAGAUAUUUCAUAAUAAUUAGUUCAAAAACUAUUCAAAGAAUUUAAAAUAAUUAGUUUGUACUCAAAUAUCAAGAAAAUAUUUGAUUAUUAGUUUUUGUUACAGUAAUAAAGCUUAUAUAGUUUUAAGUCUAUUGUUAGCAAUAAGCAUAACAUUCUCUCUCUUGAACAAAUUAAAAAUUAUUUCCAAAUAGCUAUUAAUCACCCUAAAUUGAAAGAAUUAAAUCUCUCUAGCUGCUUAGACUAUUAAAAAUAAAAUCAUUUAAAAAUACAAUCGCAGCUCGUAGAAUCAAGCACUCUAUAAGAAAUAACAAAUAUAUUGGCUCAGCUAAAUUCAAAUAUCGCCAUUGAAAUCUUUUUUACAUGUAAAAACGAAGGGAUGUUUUCUAAUGAAAAAAAUAUUUCUUCUGAAAAUUAGCAAAUGCUUAAUAAUUUAGUUAAGCUCAGCAAAUAAUUUUAAAAAGGAUUCCAUUUAAAAAUAAAUGAAAAUUUUAUCGUUAAAACACUCCCAAGUUAAAUAGAAAUUUGCAACAAAAUUGAUAAUCUAGAUUUAUGUUUAUUAAAUUUACCUUUAAUAUAAAAAAUUAAAAUUGAUACCAGUGAACAUAAUUUACAAAAAAUCUUUGAAUUUUUUCAAAAGCUACUGGAGGAAAAUUUAGAAUUAUAUUCUAUAGAGGUACUGACAUCAAAAGACUAGAACUCCUAUUCUAGUUUCUCCUUCGACUCUAAUAAGAAACAAGAGCACUCUGUUAAUUAAUUUUAACUUCUAAAAUAUAUUCAAAUUCAAAAUCUCUAAUAAAUUUAGCAUUUAAAUAUUUAAGAUGUGGGAUAAGGUUCUUAAUUUUAUUUUAAUUUGAAACAAUCAGUCCUAUUAAUUAGUAUCGAUAAAAGCAUAAAAAACCAUGAGUUUGCAAUCUAAUUUUUAUAAAAUUUAAUUCAAAUAAGAACAAAUCAAUUCAGCAGUGUUAAUUACAGCAGCUAAUUGUAAGAUCAUUAAUAACACACAAUAAUAAUUAAUAAGCUAAAAGAACUCUCUCAUAAUAAGCUUAUUGAUAUAAGUAUUCAAAAUUUAUUUAAAAUAGAUGUCUAAAAUAAAACUAUAAAAUUUCACUCGCUAAAGUAGUACACUUAGCUUAUGAGCUACUUGAAUUAAAAUCUACCAUCAGUUUAAAUUGUUGAAACACUUAUUAUAUAAAAGAAUUCUCUGCGACCCAAAAAAAAUACAAUAGAAAAUUUGAUAAACUUCUUUUUAGAAAGUUAAUCAAAAAUAAAAUCAGUAGAAUUAUAUUCACUUUUAUAUAAAUUUGAUAUUUCUUAAGUUCUGUCUAUACUUUAGUUUCUACUUAAAGUAAUUCCUAAAUUUACUGUAUACAAUUUUAAAUAAUAAUUUUUACUAUUCGACUCAGAUAAGAAGACUAUAAUCACUCACUUUUUUAACAACAAUGAAUGCUUUAAAUAAGCUUUUAGCCACUUCAAUAAAAUACAUUUAAAAAUGAAUAAUAUCACAGAUAAAGCAAAUGAAGAAAUAUUAGCUCUUAUCAACUAAAAUAGAAAUUUAAAAGAAUUCAUACUUCAUGUUUAAAAAUUUGACGAAGUAGACAUAGUUUCUAAAAUUUAAUUUAGAUCUUCUCAAUUUGAGAAUUUUUUGGUUUAGGGAGUAAACUUUAAGAUAUUCUUGGAAAAAAAAAAUAAAAAACUUAAAGUUGAGGCAAAUUCUAUGCAAGUUAUUUAGUACUUCUUGAUGAGCAAUACAGCACUAGAUUAGGAUUUAUUCACUUAAAUUGAAAAAAUUGAGCUACUAGACUAAAGCUAAAGCUAAUACUUUGGUAGAGAUAUAUUUAAUAAUAUGUAUUAGCCAUUAAGCUAUUUUCUUAUAAAGCCACUCCAAAUUACAAGUUUAAGACUCUAAGCUUGGUAAUCAUUAGAUAGUUUUCUAGAAUUGAUUGGAUAUGUUAGCAAGCUAAACCUCGAUAGUUUGAUUUUAUAAUUAAAUGUAGAGGUAGAAAACAAAUAUUUUAUUUAAGAAAAUGAAUAAAUAGCUAAUAUUUUAUAAAAUUGUUUAUUUCACAAAAAUAUAAAAUAAUACAAGCUUAGUCUUAUAAUAUUUUAAAAGAACUUGAUAGCCUGUGAAAUUAAUUAUAAUUAAAAUAGAUUUAUGCAUCUCUUUCUUUAAUAUUUUGAAUAAUUCUAAACAAAAACUUAAUACAGCAAACAAUAAAUAGUAGAUCUCUUCUAUUAGUUUGUUAAAGGAUUUAAAUAUACAACAAAAGCCAUUAUUUCUAAUUAUUAUUCGAAAGAUAGAAGCAUAAUUAAUUUGUUCCUAAAAAAAAUGAGUUCUGAUUUACCUUUUCUAGUCAGAAUAUUAGUUAAAAGUUCUCAAGAAGAUUCAUACUAUGCAUUUAUAAACUAGUACCUUAAACUUAAAAGUUACUUUUUAUAUUUAAUAUAGCUCUUAAAGAAUAAAAAAAUAAAUUAUGGCUUAAACAGAUCUGAAAAAUUUAUAGACUUAUUAGAAUAUUUCCAAAUUUAAAAUAAUAAAUCCAUAAAAUCCCAAGAUUUGGUGUGGGACUACGAAAGAAUACUACAGACACUGAAAAUAUGA